AUGGAACCACAAAGUUCUCCAAGAAAACAAAAAUGAGGGGUUCAUUCUCCGCUCUAUUUUCCCUUUUUUCAAUUCUCUUGAUCUCAUUUUCUAGCCUAAACUCAGCAUCUGUUCAAGAAAACUUUCUCCAAUGCGUUUCGAAACAGAAUCUACCCUCUAGUCCCAUCUCAGAAGCCAUCUACACUCCAGACAACUCUUCCUUUGUAUCCGUUUUACAAUCCUAUGGAAGAAACCUCAGAUACAUGACACCCGAUACGCCGAAGCCUAUCGCUAUCGUAGCUGCAUUGCAUGAAUCUCAUGUCCAAGCAACGAUUAUUUGUUCUAAAACUCUUGGAUUGGAGUUAAGGAUUCGAAGCGGUGGCCACGACUACGACGGACUAUCUUAUGUGUCCCAUGUCCCGUUCAUUCUUCUUGAUAUGUUCAAUUAUCGGGCCAUUGACAUCAAUGUAACGGAUGAAAGUGCUUGGGUUGAAUCUGGGGCUAGUCUUGGUGAAGUUUAUUAUAGAAUUGCGGAAAAAAGCCCAGUCCAUGGCUUCCCCGCUGGCAUAUGUACGACUCUUGGUAUGGGUGGGCACUUAAGCGGGGGUGGGUAUGGAAAUAUGAUGAGGAAGUAUGGCCUUUCGAUUGACAACAUCCUCGAUGCAAAAAUCGUCGACGUUGAAGGCAGAAUUCUUGAUAGAAAAUCAAUGGGAGAAGACCUUUUCUGGGCUAUUAGAGGAGGAGGUGCAGCGAGCUUUUGCGUGGUGCUUUCGUGGAAAAUCAAGCUGGUGCCUGUCCCCGAAAUUGUGACUGUUUUCACAGUAGGGAAGACUAUUGAGGAAGGAGCCACUAACCUCACUGUGAAAUGGCAAAAAAUUGCAGACAAGAUAGACGACGAUCUCUUCCUUAGAUUGAUCGUAGCUCCGGUUAAUGGAAGCCAACCAGGGACGAAGACUGUAAAGACAUCUUUUAUUGCCAUGUUUCUUGGAGAAAGUGAAAGGCUUCUUACUUUAAUGAACAAUAGUUUUCCGGAGUUGGGUGUACAGAAGAAGGACUGCAUCGAAAUGAAAUGGGUCGAAUCUAUUCCUUACUGGGCAGGUUUUCCUAACGGAACAUCCAUAGAUGUGUUGCUUGACAAAAUUCCAAAGUUUGUAUCCUCUCUCAAACGAAAAUCUGAUUACGUUCAGCAGCCUAUUCCCAAGUCUGGAUUGGAAGCAAUAUGGAAGGCCGUGAUUGAAUCCGAGUCGGUAGGAAUGCAGUGGAAUCCUUACGGCGGGAAAAUGAGCCAGAUUCCAUCAAACGAAACUGCAUUCCCUCAUCGAGCAGGGAACAUAUUCAAGAUACAGUAUAACGUGAACUGGAAGGAAGAAGGAAGUGAAAUCAGCAACAGGUACUUGAAGUCAACGGAAAAGCUUUACGAAGCCAUGACUCCUUAUGUGUCAAAGAAUCCAAGGGAAGCAUUCCUCAAUUAUCGUGAUAUUGAUAUUGGGAUCAAUUCUAAUGGUACAUUUGAGGAAGGGCAAGUUUACGGCAAGAAGUAUUUCAAGAACAAUUUUGACAGAUUGGUGAACGUGAAGACGAAGGUGGAUCCUGAUAAUUUCCUCAAAUAUGAACAGAGUAUUCCCAUUCGCAAACCACAUUAGGGAAAAUUAAGACAGUAUCCGAACAACUUAAUUUACUCAAUAAAUGACAAUAUGCAGC